AUGGUCGUUUGUGUAGGACGUUUGGGAGCGCGGCGUCUGCGCACGCCGCGCGCAUGGCUGCACACGAGUGCGGCGGCGCGGUUUGCAUCGCAUGCACACGAUUUCGAGGUGCAUCCCUCGCGCAUGCCGCGCUACGAUGUGCUUGUCGAGCAGCUCGGCACUGUGCGCGAAUUGCUCGGCGACCGCCCCUUGACGCUCGCGGAAAAGAUUCUGUACACGCACCUCAUCAACCCCCAGGAAGAUCUGGCUGGUGCUGGUGCAGACGCUGCCGCGGUGCGCGGAAACCGGUAUUUGAAACUGCGCGUGGACCGCUUGGCGAUGCAGGACGCCUCUGCGCAAAUGGCGCUGCUUCAAUUCAUGACGUGCGGCCUGCGCGAGGCUGCUGUGCCUGCGAGUGUCCACUGCGACCACUUGAUACGGGCGUACGCGGGUGCGGACGAGGAUUUGAAGCGCUCGCUCUCACAGCACCACGAGGUGUUUGCUUUCCUCGAGUCCGCGUGCCAGAAAUACGGCAUCGAGUUCUGGCGCCCUGGCAGCGGGAUCAUCCACCAAAUCGUGCUCGAAAACUAUGCUGCGCCGGGUAUGCUCAUGCUCGGCACCGAUUCGCACACGCCAAAUGCGUCGGGGCUCGGGUGCUUGGCCAUUGGCGUCGGCGGCGCCGACGCCGUCGACGCCAUGACAGCCACCCCAUGGGAGCUCUCUGCGCCGCGAAUUUUGGGCGUGCGCCUGCAUGGCGAGCUGCACCCGUGGUGCUCUACCAAAGACGUGAUUCUCCACCUCGCUGGCAAGCUCACCGUGCGUGGCGGCACGGGCUACAUUGUCGAGUACUUUGGCGAUGGGCUGCAGCACCUUCCGUGCACAGGACUUGCUACCAUGUCGAAUAUGGGCGCCGAGAUCGGUGCGACCACUAGUGCGUUCCCCUAUACGGAUGCAAUGGGGCGCUACCUCGCUGCGACGCGCCGCGGCGCGGUCGCCAACGCCGCCGCACGCGCGGCUGCUGCGGGUCUUUUGCAGGCGGACAGCGGCGCGGAGUACGACAAGCUCGUGGAGGUGAACCUCUCGGAGCUGGAACCCAGCUUGAACGGCCCCUUCACGCCGGAUCUCAACGUUCCUCUCUCGCAGUUUGUCGCGCGUGCGCGCGACGACAACGAUGCGCUCCCGAAAAAGCUUGCCGCGGCGCUGAUUGGCAGCUGCACAAACAGCAGCUAUGCAGAUAUGAGCCGGUGUGCCGAUCUUGCGCGCCAGGCGAGCGAGGCGGGUCUGCACGUCAAGGCGCCGUUCGACGUCACGCCCGGCAGCGAGCAGGUCCGUGCCACGGUAGAGCGCGACGGCAUUCAAGCCGCACUGACCGGCGCUGGCGCGCGCGUGUUAGCGAAUGCGUGCGGCCCCUGCAUCGGCCAGUGGAAGCGGACCGAGUACCAAGGCGAGACCAAUGUCAUCCUCACCUCCUUCAACCGCAACUUUCGCGGGCGCAACGACGGGAAUGCCAAGACGCUCAACUUUUUGGCCGCGCCCGAGAUUGUGACUGCCUACGCAUUCUCCGGGCGCCUCGACUGGAACCCGAUCGUGGACAGCAUUCAGAAGGAAGACGGCACUCUUUUCCGCUUCGACCCGCCAAAGUCAGAGGAGCUCCCGAGCGCAGGAUUCGCCCAGGGCGAUACGUCGUACCUCCCUGCGCCCAUGCCCGCCCCACGGCCCUCUGUCCCGAUCGCGAUUGACCCGCAGAGCGAGCGCCUCGAGGUGCUACAGCCAUUUGACAGCCCGUUCAAGGCGCAGGACACGCAGCAGGGCAAGUACGAACUGCCGCCCAUGCGCUGCUUAUUGCGCAUCCGCGGCAAGUGCACCACAGACCACAUCUCCGCCGCAGGCCCCUGGCUCAAGUACAAAGGCCAUCUGAGCAACCUCGCGGAAAACACGCUGAUCGGCGCGUCGAACGACGAGACGGGCAACGUGAAUGAGACGCGCGACUAUGCGGACACGGACGAGCCGCUCGAUACCAUUCCAGGCAUGGCCAAGCGAUGGCGCACGCGCGGCCAGCCAUGGAUGCUUGUUGCAGACCACAACUACGGCGAAGGCUCGGCGCGUGAGCACGCCGCGCUGCAGCCGCGCCUGUACGGCUGCCACCUCGUGCUUGCGCGCAGUAUUGCGCGCAUUGCCGAGACCAACCUGCGCAAGCAAGGCGUCCUCACGUUGCUAUUUGAAAACGAAGACGACUACCUGAAAAUAGCGAGCGGCGACCUGGUCGAGACGCUCAACCUCUCCGAGCUCCUCCGCCCGGGCGCCGAUCUCUCGACGCAGGUGCGUGUGCGUGUGACCAAGUUUGAACACGGCGCGCCGAAGACGGUGUUUGAGCUGCGCACCACGCACUCGCUCAGCAAAACGCACCUCGACUGGAUCCGCGCAGGCUCCGCUUUGAACCUGAUUCGCGCACGCGCGCAGAAAAAGAGCAUGCCGCCGAGCGGCGCGCCGGGCAAGCUCCAGGCGCGGCCGUACACCACCAGCGCCGUACGCCGCGCACUGCCCGAGGGGGGACAGCCGUCCAACGAUUCCCGCUACGAGAGCUUGCGCCAAAUCAUCUUUCCCCCAGCGCCCGCCAAGAGCAAGAAACACCUUGCGCCCGCGACUCUGCAAGAGGCGCUGGGCUGCGGCGCGCAGAGCAACGAAAUCUACCAAACCGUGCGCCGCGCGUGGAAGCUGAGGGCGCUGCGCAUGCGCGAAGCACACGCCGACGCGCUGCGCACCAAACGCGCGCUCCUCAACGAAGCCAUCCUCGAUCUCCAGCGCACGGACCGCGCCUUGUUCAAGCGCGCCGACCAAUACAGCGCGCCGACCAAGCGCAACGUGGAGGAGCAGCAGCACUUGGCCGCGCGGGGGCUACUCCCCGGCGGCCCCAGCGCCGAGGGCGAGGCGCCGGGAAGCCGCACACUGGCCAAGCGCCGAGCGCGUCUCAUGGCGCAGACGCGCCUCUCGACCCUCUUUCCCCGCGAGCUCCGGCCGCCCACAUUGACGCCGCCCGCGAAAGGCUGGCCUGCGUACACGCCGCAGGACGCGUAG